AUGUCCGACCUGAGUUCGGAACAGACUGGCAGAAUAGGCGAGGGUGCAGCUGCUGCAGCGCGGGAAGGCAACGUGAACUCCACACCGCCUACUGGAUCAAGUCGGUCGUGCAUAAGUGUCGGCUCGUCGUCCCUUGCGGACUGGCAGAUGGCUGAUGGGAUGCGGUUGAUGCUCGUAUAUGGUGGACUGGAGUCCCAUGCUAGUGGCUUCUUCCCUAGCGCUGAUCGAGGGGACGGCCUGGGAUGGUGCAAUAUCGAAACCUCAGAGGACAUUGCUUAUCAGUCGGUCACGGAGUCGCAUUAUUCCAUCGCAUUUGCUGGCCGGGCACAUCUCCAUCUUGACAACACAGCAUUGAUUACAUUACUCCGUACAAUUGACGCCCAUGGGAAGCAAGAUCAGCAGCAGGGCCUGUCGACGGGUGUCGCUGUUCCAUUCCGCGGGCCAGCAAACAGCACCGAGGCAGAUCUCACGACGAGCUGCACCGGCAGAACCGAGAUGCCGUUCGCAACAACGGCCGUCUGGCUCGCCGCCCUCUCAUCAACUGCUGUCCUCUGCCCGGCCUGCAAUGCAUCAUGGUCCUUGAUAAGCAAGCCUGCACAUGGCAAGCCCACCCUCUCCCAGCCUGUCGGGUCCGUGCCUCGAAAUUUGGUCAACGCGGCGUCUCGGCAGCCAGUGUUGACUGCCGCCAUGCAUCUCUCCCCAACCCGCAAUUCAACCUCGACUCCUAUCCGGCCAACAAGCUACCUGUGCGCCCCCAGACGAUAUCGUGGUAUGCCGCGGUGCCACCGCACCCUCCAGUCAUGGAAUUUCUCGGUCGCUUGCUGUUGUCCUUGACAGAUCGGCCGCCCCGGCCGUUUUUCAUGUCCGGUCCCUUGCCGUGCUGGACAGUGUCAAAGAUAUUGCGGUCCGGCCCCCGCCGCGCACGCAAUCCCAGGGCCCCGAGAACGACUACGGAAGAACUUGGCCACUAAUAAUGGCUUUGCUUCUAUUUCUUCCAGAAGACUGCCAGGGCAGUCUCCCUAUGCAUAUUGUCGUCUUGGGUGCUAUACAGAGGAUGUAGGUACCCAUCACAGCGGAGGCGUUGUGCCAUCAGUGCUCCAACCACAGACCUCGAUCCGACCUCUCCCGCAUAUCAGCCUGAAGGUCCAAGGUCCUUGUACAGUCCCAGCAAUCGUCGUCCUUCUGCAACGACUCGUCACUGCACGCACCACCUCAUGC